GGGCGCUCCGCCGGCAGCCAUGGGGCAGGACUCGCCGUGGCUCAACCCCUCGGGCAGCCCGCGGGCGGCGGGCGAGGGCUGCGCGGCGGGCGGGCAGCGCGGCGGGCCCUUCGGCGGCGCCACCGCCGCGCUGCUGGCGGCGCUCAUGGGGCUGCUGGUGCUGGCCACGGUGCUGGGCAAUGCCCUGGUCAUUCUGGCGUUCGUGGUGGACCGCAGCCUCCGCACGCAGGGUAACUUCUUCUUCCUCAACCUGGCCGUCGCCGACCUGCUGGUGGGCGGCUUCUGCAUCCCCCUCUACAUCCCCUACGUGCUGACGGGCGAGUGGAGGCUCGGCAGGGGCUUGUGUAAGCUGUGGCUGGUGGUAGACUACCUGGUGUGCACUGCCUCCGUCUUCAACAUCGUCCUGAUCAGCUUCGACAGGUUCAUCUCUGUCACCAAAGCGGUCAGUUACAGGGCUCAGAAAAGGAUGACCAGAAAUGCAGUAUUGAAGAUGAUCACUGUAUGGAUUGCUGCUUUUCUUCUCUAUGGUCCAGCCAUUCUCAGCUGGGAGCACAUUGCCCAAAAGAGCAUCCUCCCUGAAGGAGAAUGUCAUGCAGAAUUCUUCCACAACUGGUAUUUCCUAAUGAUUGCCUCUACGAUUGAAUUCUUUACACCUUUCCUCACUGUUGCAUACUUUAACUUAAGUAUUUACCUCAACAUCAGGAAACGCACAUCCCUCAGAAAUGAAAACUUGCCACCUGGUCAAGAGGACUGUGAAAUGAGUUUCCAGGGGGAAAAAAGAGAACACACUGUAUUUUUUGUAAAACCUAAGAGACACAAACAUGAGAAGAGAGCAAGCAGCCUUUCUCCGCCCAGAAAGGCUUCGAGGUUCAACCUACAUAAGCUUGACAAUCAGUCAUUAAAUUUGAAUGUCAAUCAAGACCUUCCACCACUUCAGGUGGAAGUCGAGACCAAGCCCCAUAAGAAUGGUUUCUACAAAACUACAGAAAGCAUAUGCAAUGCCACUAGCGGAGUGGACAUUGCUAACACUAUGGGAAGUAGAUUUAGACUUUCCCGGGAUAAGAGAGUAGCAAAGUCUUUAGCAAUUAUUGUCUGUGUGUUUGGUUUGUGUUGGGCUCCAUAUACACUUCUGAUGAUCAUCCGAGCAGCCUGCCAUGGGCACUGUGUGCAGCACUCACUCUAUGAGACUUCAUUUUGGCUUCUGUGGGUGAAUUCAGCCAUUAACCCUGUUCUAUACCCACUGUGUCACAUGAGCUUUAGAAAGGCCUUUAUAAAACUCCUGUGUCCAGGAAAAGCCAAAAUUCAUCCUCAUAUUUUUACAUAAAAAAAAAAGUGUGAAAGCUAACAAUUAGUGUAUCUUGCUUUCAGUGGGAGCAUAAACUGGCUAACAUUCACCUGCAAGUAUUAAGUACAAUGUGCACUGGGUAGUGCAUGGAAUAUUUUUAAGUAGGUAAAAGUGUAGAUAUUCAUGUAUAUACAGUCAUCCAUGUAGCUGGAGAAAUCACAGCAAUGAAAAGAAAGAUAAUUUCUCAAAGCUCUUUUGGAAAUUAUGCCAACAGUAUAUCUUUUAAAAUGGUGCACUAACAUUAAAGUGCUGAAAAGGGAAUAUAACAUUCAUGGCCAAUAACUAGAGUUCAGGCGCUCUCACUUUUAAUAACUGUAAAUAUUGCCGGUAAGGAAUUAAAUGAAGUGUUAGCCUUAGACUGGUUAUAUUUUACCCCCAAACCCACUCUUAAGACUCCAAAGGUCUCAGCUGUUAAGUGUAGAAUGCUUUUCCCCCCUCAACUUAGCAGCAAGCCAGACAAGAUCUGACCCAAUGCAAAAAUCUAAAUACUGGUGUCCAGAAAAAGCAUGGGACAAGAGGCACCUGAACAGUCAGGUUACCAGUGAAGCUGAGCAAGCGUAGCAGGUAAGGGAGCACUGAUUUCAGUGGAAAAGGUGAUUGAGAAACAAGAGCAGAAUUUCUAGUAGAAUUAAAUUUAGAAACAGAAAUAUAAAAGGGUUUUGAGCUUUGUGAUAGGAGACAGGAGAUGAGAAUUGAGAGUUUAUUGGAAGUUUCACCAUGAGUUUCCUCCCUCAGCUGUAACAACUUGUCCCCUGCCAUGAUCCCACAUGGGCAAGAAUCUACUCAAGUCAAACCUCUACUUCUUACCAGCACUGACAAGUAUUAACUCUUACACUGAAAGCAAAAGAUAGAAGAGUAAGCAUAAUUUAUCUGAGAUCUAUGACAGACAGAUCUUGCUAUAGACAGAGCUUUAGGUAAAUUAACUAGAAAUGUUUUAAAAAUUACUCCAAGGGAAGACUUCUACUAGUUCCGAAAGGAAAAAAACCCACCCAACUUUUUUUUUCCCCUACCUCACCCACUGGAUCUAUCCAUCCAUCAAGUCAGUGGUCAAAAAAAGAAAAUUAUUACUUGAAGUGCUUAGAUAUUUUUUAAGUCAUGCAUCAUGACUAGCAUGACUCAAAAAAAUGUGUUAAAAUUUACCACCUUGCUAUUGACCAUGAGUGUGAAAAACAAAAACAUGAACAGCUACAAACUCUUUCUGCUAUUGUGCCUCUGCCACAAGAGAAGCUCACACAGCUAGAUCCUAGGUUUUGACUAGAUUUAUCCCACAAGAAGAAUCAAUUGGAACAUCACUAGUGAUACAAGUUUGUUUCCAUCAUAAGCUACGUAGAAAAUGCUUAACACACACUUUCCUCGGCUGACAAAAGAGUGGUAGUUGGUGAACUGUAG